UCUCGUGUGUCGGUGGAGGUAAUAAUAGCACUGAUGCUUUGUUCACGUGAUACAACGCCCCGGUCAGUUCCCCGCCAAGCAUUAGGGCGUUGGUUCCUAGUCAAUGACCAUGGCGGCAAGCGACGAGCCCAGUUACGACAGAAUGGAUAUUUUCCCGACCUCAAGGGGUCACCCAAGACGCAGUGCUCUUUGCCACGACGUCAUGGUCGUUGUGAUCGGGAUUGUGGCCAUCGUUGCCCUGGUGUUCUCGGCAAUUGCCUUGUCUCGCCCGGGAACGACGGAAGUACAGCUUGACGGUGUGGCAGUAGGUUCUAGCCUAGCAAAAGAUGACAAAAUAUGGAUAUUUGCGAUUGGCCACGAUGGUACCAACGUGGAGUAUUUUGACAAAACGACUGGAACAUUGAGGGGGUUCCAUGUUGACAUUGUUGACGCCGUGUGCCAAAUGGCUGAUAAAAAUUGCCGGUUGAUGUGGGAUGCCUAUGAAAACUGCUACACCUCAGACGAGGGGGAGUUGCCACGCCCUGGACAGGGACUGAUUGGUCGUUGGUACGAUGCAUGCACUGGCUGGUUUGCCACCCCUGAGCGCUCGGCGUCUGUCUCUUUCACCACGGCAUUCCGUAAACCACUAUCAAACGUUUUCUUCGUUAAGAAGGGCAACCCAAGAGGAUUCGACGAAUCUAACAUCUCGGGCAAGAAAAUUGCCUUCAUCGACGGCUCCGCGACCAGUGAAUUUUGUCUCCACCAUGCUGGAUAUACCGAGGAACAACUGACACCUGACCAAAUCUUCCACUUCAAAAGCAAGAAAAGUUUGGUGAACGCUGUUAAUAAUGAUCUGGUGGAUGCUGCUUUUUGCAAUACCCAAUACUUCAAUCUGGAUGAGGAUUUACAGGUUGUGGGUGACCCAAUUACAAGCUGCAUGAAAGGAGGCGCCGGCAUGAUGGUCCGUAAAGACAGCCGGCUGCCAGAUUGGUGGAACCCGGCCUUUGAACAGCUCAAACUGUCGUCGGAGUACCAGCGAAUCUGCGAUCGAGUUACCGAAGUGCACGAUGCAUCAGAGAAUGGCAUUGAUUGUGUUGAUUGAUUCCGUCGCAGAUGACGUCAUCAACAAAACGGAACAGCAGGUGGUGGUUGUUUUAGAGUGAUACAUUGUACAAGGGAAAUCGAGUCUUCUCUUGUUUUUGAUUUGAUUAUAGUUUUAGCUUGCAGCUGUUGUAGUGGAGCGAUAAAUGUUGGUAUGUUUUUGAAAACUGUUAAAAUAAAUGUGGCAGAGGUGGAAGUUUUACGCACUUACUUUUGAUCCAAUCACAGAGGCAAUCUGGAUUUUUUCCUUUUUAUAUGCUUCAUAUUGCGAUUUAGUGACCGUAAAUGUAGAAUAGGCACGUGUGUUUCCAAAGCUUUUGUGUUAAAAUUAUCUUGCGUUGGCUACCUUUUUGUCAUCAAGUGGCUGAACAUCUCUAAUUUUUUAGAAUGCGUUGUAUACGUUUCAAGUAACAUUCAUAAUCUACAGGUGGAAGUGGAAUGUUUGAAUCGAAUUUGGUGUUUGCAUACAUCAUCCAUAAAGGGGAAGUUGGGAAGAUACCAAUACACCAGUAAUUAUUUGCUGUCCGUUUCACAUUAA